AUGUGUGACUCGUCAUACGUACAAAGUCUUAUACCUGCCAACGGCACGUUGUUGGGAAUUGAGUUCAUUCCUUCCUCCGUUCAAGCCAUUAUUGUGGACCCAUCAACUCAAGAUUCAACUUCCUCGGGAGCCAGCUCAACUAGUACGUAUACCUCCAAGUACUGCAGUGUCACUCUCGAGUACACUCAUACAGGAAAGGGUGACAAUGUGACUGUCAAAUACGCUUUCCCAAGCCCUGAUGAGUUUUCCAAUCGGUUCUACCUUGCUGGAGGUGGUGGAUACUCUCUGAAUUCGGAUGCUACAGGUGGACUUACUUAUGGUGCUGUCAGUGGAGCUACCAGUGCUGGCUACGAUGCCUUUGACUAUAGCUUGGACGAAGUUUUUUUGUAUGGCAACGGCUCCAUCAAUUGGGAUGCAACUUACAUGUUCAGCUACCAGGCUCUUGGUGAGCUGACCGUGGUGGGGAAAUAUCUCGCUAGAGAAUUCUAUGGUCUUGCCCAAGAUGAAAAACUUUACACCUAUUUCGAAGGAUGUUCCGACGGAGGCCGUGAAGCAAUGUCUCAGGUCCAACGAUGGGGUGACGAAUAUGAUGGUGUUAUUGCUGGCGCUCCUGCAUUUAGAUUUGCUCAGCAACAAGUUCUUCAUGUUUUCCCGGCCACAGUUGAGCACACACUUGGCUACUAUCCACCAACUUGUGAACUGGAAAAAAUUGUGAAUGCCACCAUUGAAGCAUGCGAUGGCUUGGAUGGCCGUAUCGACGGAGUCAUCUCACGAACCGAUUUAUGUGCACUGCAAUUCGAUCUUGAGAGCUUGGUUGGCCAGCCAUAUUACUGUGCUGCCACAACUAGUUCUUCCUUAGGUUUUGGUUUCAGUAAAAGAGACGAUGCAAGUCAAACUAGCGAUACGCCAGAGCAAAGCGGAAACAUCACACAAGAAGGUAUCGCAGUUGCAAAGCAGAUUUACGACGGUCUGUUUAACAGCGAUGGAGAAAGAGCUUACUUUUCUUUUAGAAUUGGAUCGUCUCUCGAUGAUGCCGAUACGACAUACAAUUCCGAUGAGGACGCUUGGGAGUUGAAUAUCCCUUCGACAGGUGGACUUUACGUCCAAAAAUUCAUCAAGCUUCUUGAUUUGGAUAACUUGGAGAACCUGGAUGGAGUCACUUACGAUACCCUGAUUGACUGGAUGAAAACUGGUAUGUACAGAUACUUCGACAGUUUGCAGACAACGGUCACUGACCUGACUACGUUCAGAAACACCGGAGGAAAACUGAUCCACUACCAUGGAGAGUCCGAUCCAAGUAUUCCUCCAGCAUCUUCAAUUCACUACUGGCAGAGUGUGAAAGACACAAUGUAUGGAAACCUGACCUUUGAAGAGAGUCUCAAGCAGCUUGAUGACUGGUACCAAUUUUAUCUCGUCCCAGGAGCCGCACAUUGCGGCACAAAUGAUUUGCAACCAGGACCUUAUCCAGAGACCAACAUGGAAAUCAUGAUCAACUGGGUCGAGAAUGGCGUGAAACCAAGUGGUCUCAAUGCUACAGUUUCGGAAGGUAAAUAUGCUUCAGAAAACCAGGAACUGUGCAAGUGGCCAACUCGUCCACUCUGGAGCUCUGACAACCUUUCAACGUUUGAGUGCUCCUUUGACGGGGCCUCGUACGAGAGCUGGACCUAUGAAUUACCAGCUUUCAAAAUCCCUGUCUAUUAA